GCACUGUGCUGCUCUUGGUUUCAUAGAGCCCUGUUGGUCCAACUCCGGACAACUUGAUGAUAGCGGUUUUGGUGGGAGCCUGUUGCGUGUGGCAUGGGCACUGGGGAUUAUAUCUGUGUUACGGUGCACGGAGGCGCGCCCUGGGGCUUCAGUCUCCGCGAGGGAGAGGGGGAUGCCUACCGACGUUUGCAGGUUUAUCAGGUGGAAGAGGGUGGUCAUGCGUCCCUGGCCGGGAUCUGCGAGGGGGACGAGGUGGUGUCGCUGAAUGGAGAACCCUGCGGGGAGCUUUCCCUCCCAAAAGCAAAUGCUCUCAUUGACGCCUCCGUCGACUGCCUGCAACUACUGGUCAAAAGAUGGCACACCCUAUCCCCUGAGGAUUUUCAUUCAGAGACCUACUUUGGCACAAGGGAGUCCUCUGGUGAGGCUUUGGAAAGCACCACCCUCCACAUCCUGUCCCCUGGCAGGUCCCAACCCACCAGGGAGCUCUACAUCGCUGAUUCCCAGGACGAGGCCUACUAUGGGGAGACGGAGAGUGACACGGAGACCCCCGGAGGGAUCCAUCUGGUCCGCACCCAGCUCUGCGUACCUGCGCCUGAGGAGUGCCAGUUCCCCAGAGGAGGAGGGGACAAAGGUCGAGAGGGACCCCAGGGGGGGAGUUUCUCCCCUGGGGCAAUGGUGAAGCUACAGUUGUCCCUCGCCGAACACAGCCUGGAGGAUCCCGUCUGCACCUCCCUGGGGAGUGCUCUUGGAAUAGAGGGGGAGAUUCAGGCGAGAGAGGCCCUCAAGAACGAGGCCCUCCUUCACACCACCACCCACUCGCUCUACGUCCCUUGCCCAGCUAGGGAGCCCCUGAGUCAGCAUGGAGUGGUGCUGAGCUCCCCCUCUCUGCUAGGCCAGGUGGAGGUCACCCUGCAGCACCCAGCAGCCGGGAGGGGCUCUCCUCGCCUGGUAGAAGGGGUAGUCGUCUAUGGGGCCAGUGGAAGUGUUGGUGAAGCCCCUGGGGAGGAAGGAGGAGGGAAAAGCCAGGGAGCUCCCGCCUCCUUCACCGUCUCCUUUGGAAUUCCCACAGAGGGGGCGGAACCAGCAGCGGAGCGAGACUCAGAUUCAGAGAAGGACCUUGAGAAACCUAACAAGCACCGGGCCAAGCACGCCAGGCUCAGGCGCAGUGAGAGCCUGUCAGACAAGCAGGUGAAGGAGGCCAAGUCUAAAUGUAAGCGCAUUGCUAUCCUUCUGAACGCUGAAGCUCCCAACCCCAACAACAAGGGGGUGUUGAUGUUCAAGAGGCAUCGACAGAGGGCCAAGAAGUACACACUCGUCAGCUACGGCACCGGUGAGAGUGAACCAGAGUACGAGGUCGACGACAGCGACGAGGAAGACGCCAGAGCGAUCAAAUUCACCCUCGUAGCAACCACCAGCGGAUCAGAGCUUGAGGAGGACUUUAUCACUAAUGCCCAGGGCGGUGGCAGAGUGCUAACCUUCGACUGGGACACAGGACUACUCGAGAUUGAGCGCAAGCUCAACUCCGGAGAGGAGAUGGAGCAACUGCCCAACACCACGGGAAAGGGGGCUACAAUGUUCGCCCAGCGCCGCCAGCGCAUGGAUGAGAUCGUUGGCGAACAUGAGGAGAUGAGGCGCCAGGGGAUUCCCGUGGAGGGGGUACAGGAGGUGGAGAAACAUGCAGCCUACAAGCAGAUGGAGGAGCGCUCGUACAUGCAGGCCACCACAGAGAGGCAGGCCUACAUGGACUUUAGCGUGCACCAGAAGCAGCAGCAACAGUAUCAGAAGUACCAAGAGCAGCAGUACUAUGAACAGCAGCAGCAGCAGCAGCAACAACAACAGUACGAGCAGCAGCAAUACCAGCAGCAACAACAACAACAGUACGAGCAGCAGCAGUACCAGCAGCAACAACAAUAUAAUCAACAGCAGCACCACCAGCAGCAAGAGUACCAACAGCAGCAUAUUCAGCAGUACUCGUCUAACAUGAAUGGCAUGGCCAACCAUCAAACCAAUGAAAUGCAGAGUUCCAUGAGCAAUCAAACUGCCCAACCCUUCUCAUUACAAAACCAGAUGCCCGCCCUGUUUUCUCCCCCAGUGAGUGGGAGCAACCAAGAGAUGAUGGGUCAGGGAGAGCAGAUUGCCUCACGCGACGAGCGCAUUUCGACGCCGGCAAUCAAGUCUGGGAUCUUGCAGGACACAAGGAACAGGUUCAAGGGCAAGCCAAUGUUCAAUUUCAAACAAGCACCCAAAGUGUCACCCAACCCCGAGCUUCUGAAUCUCCUCAACAGGAGUGACAAGAAGUUGGAUUCCGAGUCAUGCACGGAAGAGGACUACCUUAGCUUGGGAGCUGAGGCUUGCAACUUCCUCCAGUCACCAAGGGUCAAGCAUAAGACGCCUCCACCAGUCGCUCCCAAACCCAUCAUUAACCCCAACUCUCCACCCUGGUCCCCUCAGCCUGAGCUGGCCAACCAGGAGUUGCCACUGCAUGCUGAAAAUAGCGUCCCUGCACCUGCUGCAGCCCUUGAGACCGAGUCCGCCCCAGAACUGGCCCCAGAGCCCUCCCCUCCUCUUGCCCCCCAGGAAGCUCCUGUUCCUGCCAAGCCCCCCUCUCCAGCCAAACACACAUGGAGUCCCCCAGGGUCCCAGGCACAGCAGCAGCAGCCCCAGCAAGUGCCAGCCUGGGGAGGAAAUGGUCCCUCACCAACUCAGCCUCAUUCGCAACCCGAGCCUCAAGUGAGUUCCUGGGCUCCGGCACUAACACAGGCAUCACAGCAGCCACUUGUGAGUACUUGGCCACCUGCUGAAAUGAAGCACCAGGCUCCAGCUCCAAGUAAGUCCCCACCACAGCUCCCUUGGGUGACUCCCCAACCACCUCCUCCUCAGCCUCAGCCACCCAUGAAUUCUUGGGCUAUAGCGCCUGCCCAGUCACAACUCCAAUGGGUUCAACCUCAAGAACAGCAACAGCCCCAGGCACCUUGGGCUCAACCUCAAGAACAAGCACAGCAACAGCCCCAGGCACCUUGGGCUAAACAACCUCAGCCUCAGUCUCCAGAACAGGUUUGGCCCCAGGCCCAGCCUCAGCCACCUUGGGUGUCAUCACCUCAGCCUCCAAUGAAUGCAUGGACACCACCACAGAGCCAUACCCAGCCACAACAACCACCUUGGGCCCAACAAGCUCAGCCCCAACAUCCAGCUCAGCCUCAACCCCCUAUGAAUGCAUGGGCCCCAGCACCUGCUCAGGCUCAGGUCCAGCCUCCAUGGGCCCAGUUAUCUCAAGAGCAAGAACAGCCACCCAUGAAUGCCUGGGCCCCAGAUCAGAAUCAGGCCCGGUCACAGCCACCUUGGGUCCAACCACCUUCAACCCAAUCCCCACCCCAGCAAAACUGGCAACAACCACCUCCACAGCAGGCACCCUUACAGCCACCUAUGAAUGCAUGGGCCCCAGCUCAGGCACAGCCUCAGACACACACAAGUACCUGGGCCCCACAACCACAGCAAGCCCCAGUGAAUACUCAGACCCGGAUGCACAGAGUGUGUCAACCUUCUCCGAAACCUUGGAAUGCUCCACAAAGUGCUCCCUGUUCUACUCCUCCACCUCCGCCACAGCGAAUUAACUCUUACACACUUGGCGAAAGGUCCUCGUCACCCGUCAUCAAUCCAAUGGCAAGCGUUUUGGCACCAGUAGGAGGAAUGGGCUCGGCUUUGUCGAUGCCAGCGGUUAGGGGGAAAGGAGCCGAUUUGUUCGCCAAGAGGCAGUCUCGUAUGGAGAAGUAUGUCGUGGAUUCGGACACUGUGCUGGCAGCCACUGCACAGGCAGCUCAGCAAGCCCAGGCAGCCACUGCGCAGGCAAACAAGGCAAGGCCCACGUCGCCCUCUCCCUCCGUACCUCAUCCUUGGAAAUAUUCGCCCAAUUGCAGAGCUCCCCCUACAUCGAAUUACAACCCCAUACAGUCCCCUUCCUACCCACCAGGGGCCAUUAAGCAACCCCCUCCAUCUAGCCCUGCGGUCAAAGCAAAGAAAGGGAAAGGCAAACCUGCCUGCAAACCCCUUGCCGUUAUAGAUGUCAUGAAACAUCAGCCUUAUCAGCUCAAUGCGUCCCUCUUUACUUAUGGCCCAGCAGUGGAGGCUGCCGAGGCUGCCAAGGCCGCCGCACCAAAGCCUGCCCCAGUCCCUCCAAACCAAAACCAACCAAUAAGAUAUGAGCAAGCUGCCCCUGUCCAGCCGGCUGGACAAAUGAAUGCUCCCUAUUCACAGCAGCCCCAGCAGCUCUACGGGAUUACCCCUCAACCACCCAUGCAUGAUAGUCCAUACCACCCAGCCUCACCUAAUGCUUACCAGCCAUCUAACAAUCCCUACCAGCAGGUUCCUGCUGGUCCUUACCAACAUCCAUAUAAUCCCCCUUACAAACAAGCCCCUCCAGCCCCUUAUCAACCCCAGCAGCAAGCUCAAAACCCUUCUUACCAACAGACCCCCCAAGGUCCUUAUCAGCCAGCCCAUAGCCCCCCCUACCAAGCAGCACCCCAAGCCCCAUACCAGCCACUACCUCCCAGUACCUACGUGGUGCCCAGCUUUCCCAUAGCGGCAAAGUCUGAGUCUAUCUCUGGGGGCAGCACCGCUCCAAAGCCCAGGUUCAUGGCCAAAAAGAGUUCAGCCCAGGUGUGGAAGCCAGCAGCUGUGGGGAAAGAGUGAUUCUGAAAGCAUAAUUAAGUGAUCUUUGCUUAAAAGAACAGUAGAUCUAGUUACAUGCACAGUACAUUCAUACAAAUGCUAUAUAUUCAUAGAAAGCUUUUAAGAUGCCUUUUCAACAUUUUAUAGCCAACAUAUUUUUCUUAAUAAAUGCUAGAAUUUUAAAAAGGCCCGAUGCAGCUGUUUUGAUCUCAAUAUCAAAUAAUUUCUGUGUAAGAAUUAAGUACCUUACUGUUUUAUUUUUUAAUUAAAAUGGUUAAAAAACAAACAAAUUGCGUCUUAGCAAAGAGCAAUUUCUCAAGCAAGAAUUUUGCUAGGACUGUCUGGGAGUGGUCUAAGUGAGGGGCCUAAUUGAACGAGCCUAAUGGGAGGGUUACAUAACCUGAAAACUAGAUGUUAUUGGUAGAGCGUUUUUUAAAUCUUUGUUAUUGGUAUAUUAACUUAUACUGCCUGGUGAUGUCGGCAGGCAGGCCAAAACGCCAUCCCACCAAAAUUUCAGGCUCUUACAUUAAAAUGGCAUUAUCAUAAUUUUCACAAUUCCCCAGUAUUAUUCCAACCUCAUACUGUGGAAAAAUAUAUAUAAAAUAUAUAUAAAACACAGGAUAUUCACAUUUUUGACUGCACUGGGCCUUUAAUAUAUAAAGUUUGGAUGUAUUUUUCCACCUGCUAUGCAUUCACUCUUUACAUGUAUACAACUAUAUAAUAUCUUCGUUUUUCAAGCAAAGCUUUUCAAUGUUGGUUUCUUUGCAAUAUUGCAAUGCACAAUACAUAGAAAAUUAAAUAUAUGAUAUUGGUAUAUCUUAAUUAUCUAAGCCCAAAAAUGAUAAAAUGUAGUUUUUCAGGACAUCCACAAAAUGCAUUCAAUAGACUUGUGACGUGAACCAGUGGAGCCUGUGAGCAGGCAUUGCCAGAAUGUGAACGAGGAUAAUAGCCAGCAAGAAUUCAGAGGAACAGGUGAAUGUAUAUUGCUGAGAAAGUUAAAAUUGGAAAUGAGAGAAGCUUGAAAGGGAAUUUAAGAAAAGGUUGGAGUACUAAGGCGGUGUGUGAGCCAGUGACAAGUUUGAUAAGAUCUUCUGCAAUAUCAACAGUGUAUUUGUUAGCUGUCAAGAUGUGCAAUAAUUUGUCAAAAUUGACCUUGAAUGAUUAUUAGUAGCGACUAAGAGGUUUAAGACACCGAGAGCUUGGCACGAUAAGGCUCUAUCUGCUAAAAGACCAUUCUGAGAUAAUUGGCUGUACAGUUUCAAACCCUCAUUGGUUUGAAUGGUGUCAGCAAUUUUUUAUCUUAUUCUUUUAAGUGUAACAACAUGAAUUGGGGGUAUUUAGAGUAAUUUAUAGGUAGAGAACAUUGAACAGAACAAGACUAUGUCAAUGACAACAUUUGGACAACAAUGUAGAUAGAACCUUAUCGUCCCAAGCUCUCGACAUGGUUAGGGAGACCAGGAGUGGUCAGUGGAAACAUAUUUAGGGUCAGGUUUGAGAGCCGCCUGGCUUCAUUUGACAUGUGUUUUGUAAGUACAGUGACGUUACUUAGAUUUGGUGGAUAUAAUGUUCAUAUGCAAUAGUGAAUAGGAAACAUGGCUACUUCAUUUACCAAACAUUCAUAAAUUGCAUUGCAAAAAGGGAAUGUUUUGUAUUUUAUAAAUUGAAGUAUACAUAUAAGUCUAGUAUUUUUUUGUUAGGGUCCCGUCUCCUGGAGGUGGAAGGUACUUGCACAAGUUUAAGAUGUAGAUCUGGUACAAUUGCAUUCAGUGUCUUCCAAAAGACCCUGCUUGAAUUGUUUUAGAUUCAUUUUUACCAGUUAUCGCGUCAUGUUAGGUCGCUAAAUGUACACUUUUCCAUGUCACAGAUUAUGUGUGUGCGUGAGUGAAAGCUGUCGGUUUGGGAGGAUUAGUGGGCUUGUAUUAUUUCACCAACAUGAAUGGCAGUCGCUCACUAGACCUCCAGCUAUUCUGUCUUUUCUCACGCUUCUAAUUUGAGCUUUGCAUAUUUUUUUCCUAUGUUUCUGUACACCUGCUUUGGUUUAACAUAAUGGCCAAAAAAACCAUUAUAAAAAGGGAUAUUGAAAUAAGCAGUUACAGAAAAGUGGGAGUUUGGAUGAACCACCCUGUCAUUUGAAUGGUAUACAUUUGUUAGGAGAGUUGCUUUCUCUUGUUCUGUCGAUUCUUUUUCUUUUGUUUCUUUUUCAUAGUGCACUUUCUGUACGAUUCAUGUCAGUGCCAUUAAAAUGCCUUUUAUCCUUA